UACUGGGAAUGAAACACCAGACUCAGAAAAGAAUGGCGGAAAAACUUGUGACAGCAAAAACAGAAGAAAAAGCAAAAGAAUUGGAAGAAGAAGCAAUGAAAGUGGAACUGAAAACCAAGGAGGAGCUGAAGCCCUGGGAGCAGCACUCUGCUGUGAUCACCAUUCCUCGUUUAGACUACAACACCCCUUUUCUCUCCUCAGUCAUUCCCACUCCGGAUUCCUCAUCACCUGCCUCAUCAAGAGGGAGAAGAGUGCAACAAAAGAAGCCAUGUCAAUUCUUGAAAAGCAGCUUUGGAUAAUUGUCUUUUAUUCAUACCUAAAGGGACUUGUAGAGGCAUGAGAUGUUGCACUCUUCUAGGGCCCAAAUAAUAAGUGGACAAUUUAGAGUUAGCUUAAAAUCUUGUGGCAGACAACUUGUUUGCAAUUGUUUUUGGAUAUAUUUACACCAGAAGCCAAGCGUUGCUGAGGCUUAUCACUAUGUGACAGAAAUGAAUGAGUUUCAGUUAUAUUUGAAGUCCUCUCCAAUGCCUGUAUCAUUUUUAUUUCUUGGACCGCUCUUGUUGCAAAAGGAAGACAAAUGAUGAACCAACUUGGAGAAUGGGGAGGUGUGCAUCUGGUGCUUGCAACAUUCUAUUCUUUUGACUUCACGGAGUUUUUAUAAAAGCUGUGUGCUGAAAUAGGGCUUCAAACUGAUGUUGAUAUAUUGAUACAUUAUGCGUUCCAUUCUUUUUUUAUGAAUGCCAUCAAUAUUCACGACUGAUGCAACCAAUGAAGAGUUUAAGGGAAGAGUAAAUUUUAAUAUUCUUGGGAACUUGGCUGAAGAUCCAAUUUACCCACUUUGAAG